AUGGCGUGUGAGCAAAAUCUUUUUCUCAGUUAUUUUGACAUCAAGCAAGCAUUUGUCCAGUCGGAUUUGGAUGCGGAUGUAUUCAUGCGUCUGCCAGAGGGGUGUGGUAGAUUGUCAGGUAUGAUCGUGAAGUUGAACAAGAGUCUGUAUGGCCUUAAGCAGGCAUCAAGGCAGUGGCAUUCACACUUGGCGAGGUGUUUGAUUUGUUUGGGUCUUAUUCAGUGCAUGGUGGAUACGUGUGUGUUUCGGUUGAUUGAGGAGGGAAGAGUGGUAGUGACUCUGGUGGUACAUGUAGAUGAUAUAUUUUCGAUAGGAGAGGAGGAGAGGUGUGACCAGUUUGGCAGGGACCUCAACACCAUGGUACCUGUGAAGAAUCUUGGGGACUUGAGAUGGUACUCUGGAUGUUUUUAUGAGAGAGAUUGGGAUGCAGGGACUUUGAAGAUCUCGCAGCAGACGUACGCUGAAGAGUUGGGGAUGGAGUUUGGGGUAGAGUACGGGAAGGAAAUUCCUCUUCCUGUAGGGUUGAAGCUUUCAGAGUUUGACCAGGAUGAGGAAGUGGUAUCAUGGCCUUUUCGUGAGCUGAUAGGAUCAUUGAUGUGGCUGGCAACGCAAACGAGGCCAGAUAUCGCGAAUGCAGUAAGAGCGGUAGCACGGUACUGCGCCUCUCCGAAAGAAAUUCAUUGGAGAGCAGGGCUUGGUAUUUUAGGAGUUUUUGUUGACCUGGGAGGGAGGAAGGACGUUGCGUCCGUAGGGGGGAAGCAUUACCCCAUGAUAGUGAAAGAUGAUUUCACGAGGCGUGCAUGGAUGUAUUUCCUGAAACACAAAUCAGACGCCGGGAUGGCUUUUCGGAGUUUUCUUGCAAGUGUGCGUGCUGAUGGUGUCCCAUCGUUGGUUGAGAUUGUUAGAUCUGACAAUGGAGGGGAGUUUUUCGGAGGGGAAUUUGCAUCUGUGUGCAACGAGCUUUUGAUCAAACAAGAGUUCACACCGGCUUACAGUCCGCAAUAUAAUGGUGUUGCAGAACGUGGAUUGGGAUUAAUAGAAGAGGCCGCGAUGGCGGCUCGUAUUCAGGCUAAAGUUCUUUUUGGGCAUGUGCAGUUACCUAAAACUGAUAAACUCUGGGCUGAGGCAAUGCACUGGGCUUGCGAAGCAAUGAAUCACACUGCGUGCUCUGCCAACCCCGACUCUAAAUCACCGUAUGAAAUGUGGAGGUCCGAAUGCAAGGCUCGCUUCGUCCCGCAUCCUUCGCAGACCGGACAACCUGAGACCACCGAGGGAGAUAGUGGUGAGCAGUCUGUUGGUGCACGCCUAUAUGAUCGUAUUACUCGCACUCAAAACUCGAUCGCUGCACUGUCAGAGGAUGCUGAUCGUAAGCUUGAUGCUGCUGUUAUGCAUGCGUAUUUUGCUCGCUCACACAAGGUGUUCAUAGUGUCAGCGUGUGAAUGGUUGACAAACAUGAUGUAUGAUGUUUCUGGCCUGAAGUGUCUGCUGACGUCGCGAGAUGAUCUGGUUAUGAGUGCUGUCAGCAAUGAUAUGAUCCUGAACGCUGUCAACAAGUCUAGAUAUGUCGAGGAUUGGUAUGCUGAUACUGGUACUGCUUUCCACAUGACGGACUCUCUCGCCUGCAUGAAGGACUUGAAGCCAUGCCACAAGAGUGUGAAUGGAAUUGGUGGCGUGUCGUGUGAAAUAUCUUUCUCUGGAACGCUGGAGUUGGUGUUUGUGACUGCUGACAGUGAAUUUUCCAUGGAGUUGAAGAAUGUACUGUACUCUCCCAACUUGGGGUAUAAUCUCUUUUCUCCAAGUGCAGAGUUUGAUGGCGAAUCAUGGAAUGGUCUUGGUGGUCCUGACGGUGUGAUGACUGCUUUUAAAGGACAAGUAACCUUCCAAAACUUCGAUGGCAUGCUGAUUGCGUCUGCAUAUCGUCUAGGAGAAGCUUCUGUUGGCACUGUGCUUGCAGCCCUCACUCCAUCAAACCCCAAGCAUAAAACCACGAUGGAUGUGAACGAGUUCCACAACAUUUACGCUCAUUCGCACAAGGGCUUGCUUCGUACUACUGCAAAACGUCUAGGCACAGAGUUGGUCGGUGAGAUGCAUGAGUGUACGGGGUGUUCGAUGGCUAAGGCUGUGAAGAAAGGAAUCGCUCGAGAAACUAAAAGUAGAUCCGACAAAAAGUUGGGCAGAGUUUUUGUUGACCUGGGAGGGAGGAAGGACGUUGCGUCCGUAGGGGGGAAGCAUUACCCCAUGAUAGUGAAAGAUGAUUUCACGAGGCGUGCAUGGAUGUAUUUCCUGAAACACAAAUCAGACGCCGGGAUGGCUUUUCGGAGUUUUCUUGCAAGUGUGCGUGCUGAUGGUGUCCCAUCGUUGGUUGAGAUUGUUAGAUCUGACAAUGGAGGGGAGUUUUUCGGAGGGGAAUUUGCAUCUGUGUGCAACGAGCUUUUGAUCAAACAAGAGUUCACACCGGCUUACAGUCCGCAAUAUAAUGGUGUUGCAGAACGUGGAUUGGGAUUAAUAGAAGAGGCCGCGAUGGCGGCUCGUAUUCAGGCUAAAGUUCUUUUUGGGCAUGUGCAGUUACCUAAAACUGAUAAACUCUGGGCUGAGGCAAUGCACUGGGCUUGCGAAGCAAUGAAUCACACUGCGUGCUCUGCCAACCCCGACUCUAAAUCACCGUAUGAAAUGUGGUAUGGAGAACCUCGUCCCGCAAGACCAUAUCCGUUUUUGAAACCCGCGUAUUGCAGGUGGCAGCGACCUUCAAAGCUGUUGCCGAAGGGUGAGAGUUGUUUUUAUGUCGGUCCUUCGAGAGACCACCCGCGUGAUUGCCAUAGAGUACUUACAAGGGCUGGGACUAUUCAAGAAACGAGGGAUGUGACAUGGGAGGUAUUGCCGUCGCGGCUCCCUCCACUGCAACCGUCUUUGCCGAUAGAGGUAGCAGAGGAGGGAGGGGAGGAUAGUGACGACGAUGUAGAAGACGAGGUAUGGCCGCUUGUUGGAAGAGGAGUUGCCCACACACUUUUGAAACGUGAAGCCGUGCCCCCUGGUACUGAAGUUGUCGAGGUUGAGAGUGUUGAAGCAGGCAGUGCAGACCCGUCCCCUUCUGUCCCAAGUUCCCCCUCCGAACCGUCCUCACCCGCAAAUCCCUCUGUGUCUUCGCCUGUGCCUGAGAUAGAUGUGAAUUCAGGGGAAAUAGAGACGGGAGAUCCGGGAGGGGAUGAUGAGGUAGAGUCGAUGGGGCAGGGAGGACAGGACGAGGAAGAGUUGAAUGGGUCGGGAAGACCAGUAGAAACGGAGGCGUCCCCUCCGACCGGUCGUCGUCCGAGACACGUAGCUGAACUUGCCGAUUUCAACACAGCUGCGCGUGAAAAUGAUGAAGUACGAGAAGGCAGGACUCGCGCGCAAACUCGUGCAGUUAAUCAGCAGAGUGUUCCUGGCCUCAUGGCCACCAUAGGACCCAUCUCCGGCACAGAGGUAUUGUAUGCACUUUUGUCGGAGCAGAGAGCAGGUGAUGAGACGGAAUCGCCAAAAGAAGUGGUACAGGAUGUUGAGUCAGAGCCUGGUAGCUAUGAGGAAGCCCAGCGAACGUUCACAUUGGCAGUAAAAGUCCCGAUAGGCUGUAAUGUGAUCGAUGCUAGAUGGGUCUUCAAAUGGAAAGCGGACGAAACAGGAAAGAUAGUGAAGGCCAAGGCUAGGCUUGUAGCGAAGGGCUUCAAGCAGAAGUACGGUGUGGACUAUCUUGAGACUUUCUCGCCUACUGCAAAUGCUGCAUCUUUUAGAUUGGUAGUAGCGUUGGCGUGCAAGUACAACUUGGAAUUACUCCACUGGGAUAUUGAGCAGGCGUUUGUUCAGUCGGAAUUGGAUCAUGAGGUGUUCAUGAAGAUGCCUCCUGGCUGUGGUUCAAUGUCGGAAAAAGUUGUCUGUUUGAACAAGAGUUAAUACGGAUUGAAGCAGGCUUCUAGAAC